AUGAAUAAUUUGUCCUGCCUGGCAUUCCUCCGCUCGUUAUCCUCUGACCUCAGGAAUCAAACCGUGUUAGAGACGAAGAUCAAUGGAGUGGACAUUCAGAACAGAGAGGAGGCGGUGGCCAUCCUGACACGAGAGGACAGCAUCAACUUCUCCCUGCUGCUGGCUCGUCCGGAUAUAGAGAACGAGCAGCCCGUAGAUCCAGAGGAGGUCAUGGAGCUGACUCUGGAGGGAGGAGGCUUCCACCAAAACCCCCGAGCGUCUUCCUGCUCGGUCACCUCGGCUCACCUCGCAGGAUAUUACCGACUCUACCGAGGAGGAGAAGCAGCAGGAGGAGGAGGAGGAGGAGGAGGAGGAGGAGGAGGAGGGCUGACCUGCCAAGGAGGAGAAGGCGGCAAAGAAGCAGCAGCAGGCGGCGACAUGGACGAGGAGGAGGAGGAGGAGGAGGAUGGGGAGGAAGGAGAGACAGGAGAGAGGGAGGACAGAGACCCCCCUGUGCCCCUCCCUCCUCUGCUCAGCCUGGCUCCUCUGCUCUCCAACAGUCAGGAGCUGGACAGCGGGGUCGGACGCACGGACGACAGCACCCGCUACGAGGAGUCGUCUGAGCACGACCUGCUGGGGGAUCAAACCAGCGCCUGUAACACCAACACCACCAACACGCCCGGAAGCACCCGCAAGUUCAGAGCCGGACCCAGCCCCAGGCCGAGUCCUCGACCCAGCCCCGGCCUCGGUCCAAGUCCUGGGCAUGGCAGAGGAGACACCACCCCACCUUUCCUCCACCUGCGAGACCUCCAGCUCAGCUCCGACUCCCUCCCGGGUCUGGACUGGACGGCUGGGGGAGGAUCAGGAGGAGCGGCGUACAGCCCUCACCACCAUCACCACCACAAGCACUUCCACCACCACCACCACCCGCCCUCCCUGACCAUGAUGAUGCCCGGCCUGACGGAGGAAGAGUGCCACAGAUACCAGGAGCUGCUGGAGAUCAAGUGCCAGUACGAGCGACGCGCCGAGAAACAGCAGAGAGACGAAGCGAAGCGAGAGGACGGCGAGGCGGAGCGGAACGAGCAGACGGAGGGAGCGGAGGAGGGGAAGGAAAGAGAGGAGGAAGCCGCCUCUUCUAACUGCAGCGCCACUCUGAGCGAGCACGAGAUGGCGCUGAUAGAGGAGGAGUUACGCCACCUGGAGUUCAAGUGCCGCAACAUUCUGCGAGCUCAGAAGAUGCAGCAGCUCAGGGAGAGAUGUCUGAAGGCCUGGAUGAUGGAGGAGGAGACGGUGGCGGCCGGAGCAGGGCGACCGGGAACUCCUGAAGCAGGUUUGGCUAACCAUGACGAAGACAUGGACGAUAACGACUCUCAUCAUCACGAGUUGUCGGCCAUCAACGAGCUCCCGGAGCGAGAGCGAUCCGACGACAAAGACAGCACCAGCGCCUACAACACCGGGGGAGAGAGCUGCCACAGCACGCCGUUGGUCAGCACCGAGCAGAUCCCGCCCCUCCAGGAAGAGGAAGACGAAGGACGGAGACGACUGAUGUCUCCGCCUCCUCUUCUCCCCCUCAGUCGCCUCCCGCCUCUGAACUCCCCCCUUACCCCGCGGCGCCACGGGAGAGACAGAGACAGAGAGAGGCGACACUCCAACCUCAGCUGCACCUUCUCGCCGAGCACGUACAGGAAGUACGAAACAGCCAAUGGCAGUGUGGCACACGGAUCAAGCUCCACCCCCUCUACACCCUCCAAGUUCAGGUCCCUCACCAGAGAGGUGGGCUCGUCCUCCAGGAGGGGCGUGGCUGACGGAGGGCGGGGCUCCAGAGCAGGUGGCGCCCCCGACAGGCCGGGAGGUGGAAGUGCAGAAUCCAGCCCGUACUUCAGCAGAAGACACCACAGCCGCAGCAAACCGUUAGAGCGCUACCAGAGCUGCAUGACUCUGCCCUCUGAGGGUCUGGUGGACCCUCUGGACCGGGUAAGGGACAGAGCGAGGAUGGAGGGCGAGGAGAGAGGGGUGGGCACCGGCAGCAGUGGUCCAGCCAGCCCCAGGAGCGUGAACAGCGCCCCCUGUGGUCUGGAGGAUCACAGAGCCUCACGGUUAGGACUCGUCUUACCGCUCGGGAUGACGCAAUCAUCGCCGACCGCCUCGCCUCAGCGCAUGGAGUGGAAGGUGAAGAUCCGUAGUGACGGCACUCGCUACGUGGCCAAGCGUCCGGUCAGAGAUCGUCUCCUGAAGGCCCGAGCGAUGAAGAUCAGAGAGGAACGCAGCGGCAUGACGACAGACGAUGACGCCGCCAGUGAGAUGAAACAGGGCCGAUACUGGAGCAAAGAGGAGAGGAAGCAGCAGCUGCUGAGAGCCCGAGAGUACCGCCGGAGGAGAGAGUUCAUGAUGCAGAGCCGCCUCGACUACCUCAAAGGAGACAGGGACUCUUCAGGAGGACCUGAGGACCCCCGCUCAUCCCAAACCUCGCAGCCCAACAGCCGACAGAACUCCCCCAGCAACAACAUCCUGCUGCUGAGCCAGAAGAAGAUCAUGAAGAAGAGGAACCGACGCAUCCUCGACAACUGGAUCACUAUCCAGGAGCUGCUGGCUCACGGCUCCAGGUCGCCGGAUGGGAAGAAGAUCUACAACCCUCUGCUCUCUGUGACCACGGUGUGAUCCGAAGACGGAGAGGAGGGAGAGGAACAGGGAUUACGAUGCCUUUAGAGAUGUUUCAGAAGAGUUUGGAGGCGGGGGAGGAUUGAGGAGAGUUAAGGAAGACUGUGAGGAUGGAGAUUUGGAAGAAGGAAUCUCAGAGUGUUGCCUCUGAAAGGUUUGAGAUGACGAGACAGGACCAGCUCUUAAAACUUCAGGCGUUAAAAGAGAAAACUAAAUCAUGUCAGUUGAAUCUGGACACAAAGGACCUUCUGGGAUUGGACUGUCAGACGUGCUUUUUGUGUCGUUGCUGAACUCUUGAGCUCCAUGUGGAUCUCAGAAUCAAGGAGCCAGGGUUUUAACACCUCUCCUCUCUGACGUCUCUUCUUCUCAGUGACAGAAACAUUAAAGUGGAUGUUUGAGGAAAAGGAGGUUCCCUGGUUCUCUACCCUCCUUUGGACCUCUUGGAGAACCAGGACAGAGACGAGCUUGUUGGUCAGGGCGGCACAAACUGAAGGAGGAGAUCCAUCUACGAAUAUCUAAACUGACUACUGCCAAUGAGUGCCAACAGUCUUUGAACACAUCUUACAGGUUUUCUGUCAUGCAAGAGCAGAAUAUCUUUGCUAUGUUGUGUUGUGUGUUUGUAGUUUGUUCAUGUGUGACUUUCUUGUGAAGCAGUGUUCCAUCCAAGAACCCACUGACAGCACAACCACUGAGGGGGACAGCCAACUUUUCAGGGCUUCCUUUCCUUCCUUUCCUUUUCCUUUGCCCUUGUUUGCAGCCUGAGCAGCAGCUUGAGAAGCCAGCAUUAAGAACAAGUUUAGGGAUAACAUGUAAGAGCAGGUUACAAGGUUUUGGGAUUGCAUCAUGAUGGUCUGCUUUCUGACACUGGAUGAUUCUGCUCCAGAUGAAAACCUGAACACUGCUGGUCCUGCUCUCACAGAUAUGGAGUGUCAUGUAGAAAGAGUUACAGAUAUUUCACUUCUGACGGUCUGAGAUCACCGUGCACUGUGAGAUUGUUUAAACGUCAAGGAGGAUCUUCAACUCAAACUGUGCAGGAAUCACUAACAAUGCACGACCAGGUCUAACAAACGAUGUGCUCACACUCAGUAUGUUCACAUGAGGUUUAAAGAACUAUCUAUGGUGUGAGUGCAGCUAAAACCAGACAUUUAAAAUGUAUCUAAACAGAUCCCAGACCAUACAGCUGUGGAUUGAUUUUCCCUGGCAUGUACACGCCUCUAUCGGCCCCAAGCUACCCAUGGCGUUCUGUCUAAGCUCCACAGUUUGCACGCUGGGUGUUAAUGCAUAGACGGGAUCCAUGUACUAAAGAAAACCUCAACAGAAGAAGAGGAGAAAGUAAA